GCAAAGCCCAGUAAUUUUCAGUAUAGCUAGUAAUUACGUAGUACCACCACACCACCAAAGUUAUUUUUUUGUAAAGGCUUUAUGCUUAAACCAAACUCUUUUCUGUUGAGCUGCUUAUAAAAACGACUCCGACGCCCUCCACGUAGUAGAGCUGCAAGUCUCAUACUCCUUUUCUCACGUAUUUCCUCGCUCUUAAACGUUUUUUGACCCAACCAUGUCCAAUAAUCCGAAGGUCCCUGUACGCUCUUCUUCUGUGAAGAAGACCACGACCACCAGCCCACCCCAUCUCGUGCCGUCUCGCACGACCUCACUUCUAGAUGUUCAAAAACGGAAGACCUCGAUUCAGGACGAGUUGUCCGCAGCGAGGAAGCGGAUAAAGCAUGCAAACUCAUACGACUCUGAGUUUUGGACGCAGACAGCUGAGAUUUCUACGAUGGAGGGCAAACGCCUGGAGUGUAUUAUUGAGGCAGGUGAUAUCGAGUCGGAGGCCGGCGACGAAGACGCGCGUUUGGAAUGGGACUCGAAGCGAGCCCAGCUCCUCGCGGAGCAAAAGGCCGCCGAGAAAUGGCGGCAAAUCUCGCAAACGCUGUCAUCCCGCCUCGAGUUCGACCCGACCGACCCCAAGGACAAGGACAAGAAGAAUCGGAGUAUGUUUGUCAAACUCUUCAACACCUCGAGUCUGGGUUUCGGGGUGAAGACGGCGGGCAGUGGCCGAAGAGAAACGACGGACCAGUCCAAUUUCCGGAAGGCCCUCAUCAAGGCCUACCAUCCGCCGCAGUGGAAGCGCGGCGCAAUAUGGGAUCCGGUUUUGGGCAAGAAGAUGGAUGAAGAGCUUAUCACCGCCGCGCACCUGUUCCCAUGCAAGUCUGAGUGCUUGAUGGACGAAAUAUUCGGCCCGGGCGCUAGGGAGGAGCUGUUUUCCCCUCUGAACGGCCUGCUACUCAGCACGAAGGUCGAAAAGGCCCUGGACAAAGGCCACCUCGCGAUUGUCCCGGACGUCCCUGACCCUGCGGACCAUGCCUUGAUGCGGGCGUGGAGUACAACCGAGCCCAAGGGGUACAAGGUCGUUGUCUGUUCUAGCAACUUUACAAAGUCUGUGGGCAUGUUCGACGCCGAUGUACAUGGCAUCAGUUGCCUCAUGGACCUACACAAUCGCCCCCUUCACUUUCUCACGGAUGCUCGCCCGCGGGCGCGAUACAUUUGGUGGACCUUCCUAGCCGGCAUCACAUACUUGGAUUGGAGCCAGUCCGAGCGUAAGGUCAUCAAGGAGGAGGUGGCGAUGCGUGUGCGCUACUGGGGCACAAGAUGGCGAUAUGCGAAGGCGGCCCAUAUUCGUAGCUUCAUCGAAGAACUGGGCCAGGACAUCGAGAGCAUCGUGGACGACAGUUCCGGGAGCGGCAACGGAGAGGACGAGGGAGUAGAGGCGGAAGCCGGGGAAAUGGCUGCGAUAGCAGUUGUAUCUACCAAAAUCUUGGACGCGGGGAAGGAAAGCCGGGUGAAGGCUGGAGAAGAGAGUGAAGACGAGAUUGAGGACGAGGAGAACGACGAGGAUGAGGAGGAUUAGGACAACUGACGGAGGUCAGCGCAUAGAAAGUCUCGAUGCGGACCUGGGAUUGAAGUUGGUAAGGCAUUCAUUUCCGGGAAGGAGACUGCGGAACGCAGGUGCAGAUUGUUAACCCAAUACAAUUACUAUGACUCUCUGGGGGUCACUGAACUUCUUAUCUAUCCCGCAGCGUGAUCCCAUCGUAGAUACCUUUUCCACGAUUGCAGCCGCGUUUAAUAAAAUAUUACUCAUCUCAAAUGACCUAAAACCGGGAUUCGAAAUUCUUUCGUUAUGUUACGCCCUUUUAACUACAUUCUUUUCAAAUUCCUCUAAUACUCUUAGCGGAUCACCGCCGAUGUUGUGUAUUGGUUUCCUGAUUAGUUCGGAGCCGAAGUGGAUGUUACCUCCGGGUCCCCACUUUCGGAAGAGCUGAUUACGAUAGGGCGAACCGGACAAGUCGGCAUCGUCGUGACCGUGCUGGGUGAAAUUAAUAGGGGUAUUAUUUGAGUGAAAGUGCCGAAUCAAGGUCUGGAUCUGCGGGAGAGCAGUUUCGGUCGUGGCGGUAAAGCAAUUUUGCAUCAAUAACGAGAGGCGCAGUCCG